AAAAAAAAAUUACAAGACUUUGUUACGGUUCCUUAACGUUCGUUCCUUUCAUUCAAAAUAUUUGUUUAUUUAAACGCACACACACCCACAACCUCAUAACAUUUUGCUCAAUUCUAUUACUUGAAAGAUUUCUUCGAAUUAUUUUAACUAACCUGCAGUAAUUAACAAGUUAAUUUUUUUUUUUUUGAGCCUGUUUAAUAGAAGAAAAAAAAAAUUUUUUGAACAAAUUUCCGAGUCAAUAUGUCGCAGACUGAGCGAAUCAGUAUUGUUCCCAGCGGGAAAGUAUACGGCCAACUCUUUGAGGCUCAGGCCUUGCUUAACAGAAAAUUAAAGGAUGAGGAAAGCCAUCGGGAAGAUUCUAAACUACUGUCAUGCAGUGGUCCCUCGAAGCUGCCUCCUACGCACAAACUGUCGGAAAAUAUCCAGAAAGAGGAAGAGAUCCCCAAGAAGUUUCUAUGUUACCCAGAGACCAGACCUAUAAAUUAUGCUCUGAAUGCUGAAGUCGGUGAAGUCAAUGCUCUACCAGAACUCGUAGUUGACAAGCAUUCAUCUGAUGUUGCCAAGAGAAUCAAAGACAAACGACUAAAACUACACGAGGCAUCUCUGGAAGAUAUGUACCAGGAUCUUGGGGUCAUCAAUUCUAACAUUGAAGUUAUGCUUGAAAAUUGCUGCAAACAUUUCUCUGAGAAGGUGACGAACAUCGACAAAAUUACAGAAAGCCUGCUUGAUAUCGAUGCAACUGAUAAGAAUCUACUGAAGUACACAUAUGAAGAACUCAAUAAGUUGCAAGCUGAUAUCCAAAACCACACAGAAUGUAAGCUGAAGUAUAUCCAGUAUUUAGAUAACCAGUUUCAUGAAAUUGAAAAUUCCAGAGUAUCCCAGAUACAAACUGUUUUGUCCAAUUACAAGACUUCUUUUCAAGAAAUAGCUUACCUCACAACACCGGAGGUAUAUCGCCUGAUGGAGAGUGAAGUGCAGAUUAUCAACCAGACCUUGUUGAAUAACAAACAAAGCUACACUGAUAUUUAUACCCAAUUACUCCUGGUUAACAUAGAACAAGAUCGGAAGCAUCAUUUAAACUGGAAGUCAAUCAUGACUCUUUGGAGAAACAAGAACGUACAGGAAAUUCUUGAAAGAUUCAGACGAUACAUGUUGACCACAGCCUCUACCAAACCGAAAGAAGUUCAAAUCUUACUUGAUGAGAUAAACACUAAAUUUUCAAAUGUAUUAAAUGAAUAUAAAGAACAUUUACAAUUUCUCAGGAGUUUCUUGCCACCAAAAUGCACGAAAGCUUUUGUUGCAGAAUGGUUUGGAAGAAUAAACGAGGUAACGGAAAAACUAAAAAAGGAGAAACGGGAAUUCCUGAUAAACAUGAAAGCGGAAUAUGAAAAGUGUAACCUACUAUGUUUAGAAAAAAUGCAAGAAGAAGAGGAGGCACUGGUUGAAACUUAUGCUUGCACAGAAGAAAAGGCAUCGGAAUUAUCUACUAGAUACAUGUUACCACUUAUCCAACUUCAACAGAAGAAUUUUGAAUGUUCUCUGUCCACUUGGGAUGAUGAUAUUACUAAAGAAGUGAUGUGCACCUCUAAGAAGGUCGACAAAGUAUAUGCCUACAUCUCUGCCAUUGCGGACAUAUGGCUAAACCAUACACAGGAACUGGACGUUCAAGAACAAAAGCUGAAUCAGAUGUUAACGGAUAACAGAGAAAGACACAAUAUUGAUACCCUGGCUGAAGAAGCAAGGCUGGACACUGUCCUUGAUGCCCUCCGACAAGGAGCCGAUGCAACAGUGCUUGAAAACAACCUCGCUUCUGCCAUCGCUACACUCAAUCGACUGAAGGCCAGUUACCAGUUUUUCCAUGCCAAACAAAUUAGCAUGACUACCCUAUACAUUCCAUUGGUGAAAGAAAAAUUAUACCUAUACGAAAGAGACCUCUGCAAAUUCUUCAAACUUAGGAGAUACGGUAAACAACCAUUCAGCCAAGCUGACCCAAAUGAUGACUGCAUUUGUACUGACCCAGCUGAGUCAGGCAGUACAUCAACUGAAUCGUCUAGAAAAUCUUCCUCAAAAAUGGUCAUAUCACCAAGUCAGCAACCCCUUAAGUUAUCUGCACAAACUGAAAAGCCUGGCUCCCAUUUGGAUCUUCUAGCACCUAAGACUCUGUCUCCAGAUGCUCUGUUAGUCACAAAGCAGAGCACCCAAUAUUGUUAUGAAGCAACGAGCAUGGAAUCUGUUUCAUUCAUUGAUGAACAAGACCUGGUUACCAAACAAGUGCAUAUUCCUGGUGAAUACAUCUCUGAUCUCAAGACAAACAUAUGCAUGAAUAUGUUGAACCACUUGGAUCUGUGGUUAGUGGAUGCAGUGAAGAAGGCAAAGCAAGCACUAGAAGUCAAGAUUGAAGAACUGGAUUCUGAACUGAGUUUACGGAUCCACCUUCAUCAACCUCGAGCCAAACGAAUCGAGGAAGAUAUUCAUGAUGUCAGGAAAGAUGAAUUGGUGAAUCACUCAAAACGAAUUACAGAACAUUGUCAGGGAGUGGAAGAUGCUUUUACCGAUAUGAAGAUGAAGUUGAAUCAAAUUAAAGAGAGUCAAGACGCUCUGAUGGCCGACUUUGAGAGUCAAAUUGAAGCCAUGGAACCAGCUUUUCUGAACGUUUCAAAAUCUGAAAAGCUUGUGUCUUUAAGAAACAACUUGACUUCAAAGAUAAACAAACUAAUGGCAAACAUCCGGAAAAUUCUGAGGGAAUAUCGAUCUGAUUUUGACCAAGACUUACAGAAAGUGAAAGAUGCUAAUGCAACAUUAAUGAAGAGUUUCAGGCCAUUCUCCGAGAGGGGCAACUUUUGCCCUGAAGAGAUUCAGCAAUACCAGAAGGUUAUUGACAAGUUUGGCACCAAAGUGGACCAAUUUGAAGGAAGGAUUCUGUUUGAAAUGGAAGGAAUGGAAUCAGCUCGCUAUGAUCAAGCUAAUAAAAUCACUCUGCAGUUUGAAGAAAGAUUUAAGAACCAUGUCUUUGAUCUUCAGUUCAUAGAACUAAUAGCACGAUGGUUUACAAAUACUCAGGUGAAGAUAAAAUCUGAUGUAGCUAAAUGCAACAACCAAGGAAAGAGUAUUUGCAACAUGCUAGAAAAACUUGAGAAGAAAAUUGAUUACCUAACAGAACCUCAUCCUGAUAAAUUGAAAUGUUCCCCAUCAGAACUGACAGCAGAUUUGGCAAAUGCUUUAUCGCUAUUUUGCUCUCGGGCCAUAAAUUUGAUUGGUCCAAGGAGCAAUAAAGAAUCAUCGGCUUUCAAGUCAGGUUUUCUGAAUGUCCCAAGUGAAGUACCUACUACUAGCAAACCUGGAAAAUCAUGGACUGACGAUGCUUCUGUCUUUGUUGCAAAAAACAUUCUUCGGAGUAACAAAUUAGUGUCCGGUUCAGAAGGGAGUAUGAAUGCAAGAGAGAAGAGCGAUGGUACAGCCACUGAUGCUGUUGGAAGUGCAACCAACUUUCCUGCUGAUCCAAAAAUGAAGCUCACUACCAAAAAAAGCCUUACACAAUUACGAAAGCCGCAGACACUGUAUACCGGUCAAGAUAUGGAUAGUAAAGCUGUGUUUGAGCAAAUGUAUCGCCUUGGCAAAAUAAAAAAAAUUCUACUUUCCCAUAAAAUCAGGCAAAAACUGUUUAGCGGAGAGUUAGAAGUUAAAGAAAGUGAAGAAGGAGAACUGGAACUUGUGUAUGAUUUCCUUGGAACCAUCAGACAGUAUCUGCAAGUUACCUUUGAUAAUGUCCUAAUCAUUGCAGAUGAUUACUAUCGAGUGAAAGGUGUGCGUCCUGUGACAAGGCCCCAGGUUAUCCAAGAUAAUGUCGACUCAUGCGCAGUAUUAAUGAAAAAGAAGUUAAAAUCUUACUACACCCAAGCCACAGAAUUUACUACACGUUGCCAAACAGAAUUCUCCAAACAAAUCCAACAACUUGAGAGAAUAGCUUCAAGAAUCCCUGGUAUUGUGAUGAAUGAGCAGCUUAAGGAUCACACCAAUUCUAUAGAGCUCAUGUUGAAAGACAGACGGAAGGUUCUUGAAGCAAAACUGGAAGAGUUUCAAGCAAAACAGGCAUCCAACAGGGAGCAACUCCAACCAGAUCUUGGCCAUCCACAGAUGAAAGAGAAGCUGAACAAAUUAAGUGAAAGUGAACAUGAGCAACAUGAGGCGUUAAUGGCGUUUAUGCAAUCUCAUUUCACAGAGUUGAAGGCAGAAGUGAUAAAAGCAAGUGGCCCCUUUUUGAAAGAGCUAUGUACCACCAGUGAAUCCCUACUUCAACUCUACGAUACCCUGUUUAAAGAUCCUUCACAGAGAAGAGAAAAAAUGAGAAUUAAUCCAGCUGAUGUCUAUGCUUUGGUGAAGAAUGUUCCAAUACAUGAACGUGCAACAUGGCCAGGUUUGCCACUCAAAGACUUUUAUACACAAUUGUCUCUGGAAUCACCGUUUUCCAAGGCAGUCUCUAUCUCUGUCACCACCUCAAGAUGCAUGUUUCCUCACCACGCAACAGUGAAGGCUCGUAAUCAAACAUUCCAGAUGUACAAGGAGUUCUUUAAAAAUACACUCCAAAAUACCGAAAGAGAAGAAAAAGAUGCACUGGAGAGGGAGAUGAAAAGAUUGGCAAAUUGGCAAGCAAGUGUGAAAAAUAUACAAAACUUAUAUAACUAAACCAUUUCAGUCACAAACAGC